CCCGGCCACCACUCCUCUCCCCCCUCCCUCCCACCGCACGCAACUAUGUCUUCGACUGCUUCGACCGACUUUCCGACCUUCCUCCUCACCGUCAUCAACGCCUACAUCUCCGGCGCUGGCAAUGGCGACAACGCCAUCAAGUCGACAGCGACGCUCGAGGACGACGUGGGCACGGCCGGAAUGAACACUCUGCUGGGAACGUCCAAGUCCAACCGACAUGCUGUGUCCAAGGUCCUUGCUUCGGUCCAUGCCGCUUGUGAGGCUGAGGCAGCCGAUGCGGCGCCUCUUGCCUCGGCCGACGAGAUCAACGACGAACUGGCCAUGGCCAACUACCUGGUGGGUACCUCGCUGACUCUGGCUGAUCUGGUCUACUUUGCCAAGGUCUUCCCGCUCUACGACCCCUCGUGCGAGUCGGUCCUCGAUGCUGCCGGCAUGCGGGCCAAGGCCAACCUCACCCGCUGGUUCGAUUUCAUCCAGCACACGCCGGCCAUGCUCGCCUCGGAUGCCGUGCCCACCAUUGCCAUCAACGUCGCCACUCCGCUGCCGUCGCUGCCGGUCAAGGUUGUGGGCGGUGCGCCCGAGAGCGGCAAGAAGGGCGGCAAGAAGGGCGGCAAGAAGGGCGGCAAGAAGGGCGGCGACGGCGGUAAGAAGGGCAACGCCACUGGGCCCGAGCAUGCCAUCGAGCGCAUCGAGCUCCGGGUUGGCCGCAUUGUCGAGUGCAUCAAGCACCCCGAUGCCGACAAGCUCUACCUCGAGAAGAUCGACGUCGGUGAGGACGAGCCGCGGACGGUUAUCUCGGGCCUGGUCGACUUUAUUCCGCUUGAGCAGAUGAUUGGCGCCACCGUGGUGUGCGUGUGCAACCUCAAGCCGUCCAAGCUGGUCGGCAUCAUGUCCUACGCCAUGGUCCUCUGCGCGUCCAACGACGACCACACCGUUGUCGAGCUCGUCAAGCCGCCCGCAACCGCCACUCCUGGCGAGCGCAUCCUGGUCGAGGGCCUCACCCUCGGCGAGCCCGUCAAGGUUGUCAAAAAGUCCAAGUUCUUCACCGCAGCCACCGCAGACCUGGCCAUCACCGCCGACCUUGUCGCCACCUACAAGGGCAACCGCCUCCUCACCGAGUCUGGCGCCCAGCUCGUCGUCGACUCGCUCGCCGGCUCCACCCACCUCUCGUAGAGCAGCAAUUCCACAUUGAUGGGGCCACUGUAACACAAAAGGUUGACAUCCA